AUGUCCGAAACGACGAUGCAAGGCAUAGGGAAGCCUUCCGGUGCUACGACUCCAACCGCGAUCAGCACCAGUGGCGCCUCGGCGGGUGGAAUCGUUUGUGUCAAUCCAGCAACGGUGGCCUCCGGCGCUGCGGCUGCCAGCGCCAGCAACCCGAAUGGGUCCAACGUGGCGGCCGCUUCACAGGCGGAACCGGAUAUGAAGGGGUGGCUGCUGAAAUGGACCAACUACCUGAAGGGAUACCAGAAGCGUUGGUUCGUGCUGUCGAAAGGCGUGCUGUCCUAUUACAGGGCUGAACACGGAGCCGGAGCGUAUGCUGGGGGCAGGAGUGCCGCGGGCAAAUUAUCUAUAAGACGCCGUAGGAAAGGCCCCCGACCCGAGAGCAAAGGAACCAUGAUGCAAUGCUUAAGAGCCCCACGUUCUCCAACUAGAUUGGUACUCUCUUCCCUGCCAGACUCGAAUAGCAAUAGCAAUGUGCCGAUGAAGAAGCAUAGCAAAAAGCUGAAAAAAAACCAGGCCGAAAUGGCGCACACAUGCCGCGGCACGAUCUCGCUGCAUGGUGCCCUCAUCCACACGGUCGAUUCCUGCACCUUCGUCAUAUCGAACGGCGGCACGCAGACAUUCCACAUCAAGGCCGCCAACGAGGUCGAGCGGCAAUCCUGGGUGACGGCGCUGGAACUGGCAAAAGCAAAAGCGAUCCGCGCGAUGGAAAGCGACGAGGAGGAAGAGGACAAUACUGCCAACACGAUACCGAGCGAGGAACUGAACUUGGUCGUGCGGGAGCUGACGGUUAGGUUAGAAAAUUUGAAAACAUGCUAUGACCUUAUCACCAAGCACGGGGCGGCCCUGCAGCGGGCCCUCUCCGAGCUGGAAACGGGAGACGAUUUAGUCAACAAGACGAAAAUUGUCAGCGAACGUGCGACUCUCUUCAGAAUUUCGUCCAACGCCAUGAUGAACGCCUGCUCAGACUACUUGCAAACGUCACAAACGCAAGGCCACAAAUGGUCGAAAAUGCUGCAACACGAGCGUGAACAAAAACUGCAUCUCGAGGAAAUGGUCGAACAGCUAGCGAGACAACACUCGCACCUGGAACAGGCAGCCACUCGCCACAGACCGAAUGCUGCCACAUCUGCGUCGGAUGACGAAGAUAAUGAAUUUUACGAUGCACAAGAGGAAGGAGGUGGUUCCGUUGCACUACAAGAAGACAGCUCGUUCAUUCUAAACAUACCGGUUACUACUCAUCAUAACCAUCGGCGCAACUCAAACGACGCAACUGGAAGCUCAUCGGAAGGGGAAGAAGGCAACAGUGAAACGCAGCAAGUAUUAGUAGUCGCCGAAAAUCUUGACAGUAUGGAUGUAACGGACAGGAUAUCUGUAAAUAGUAGCCAAGCACUGACACCAACGCUUUCAAACCAGUCCAAAGUGGUCCGUAAACGGCGGACACGGGUCCCCGACAAGCCCAACUAUCCCCUCAAUCUAUGGUCGAUCAUAAAGAAUUGUAUCGGAAAGGAUCUUUCAAAGAUUCCUAUGCCGGUGAACUUUAACGAGCCAUUAUCCAUGCUGCAACGGUUGACGGAAGAUUUCGAGUAUUCGGAAAUUCUGGACAAAGCAGCACAAGCUAAGGAUACUUGCGAGCAACUCGCCUACGUUACAGCAUUUACCGUAUCCAGCUACUCAACCACAAGCAACCGUACAGGAAAACCGUUCAAUCCUCUGCUAGGCGAAACAUACGAAUGUGAUCGCACCGAUGAUCUCGGCUGGAGGUGUAUAAAUGAACAGGUUUCCCAUCACCCACCUAUGGCCGCCCAGUAUUGCGAAGGUCGGGGUUGGCGUUGCUGGCAAGAAUUUUCGAUGACGUCGAAGUUCCGUGGAAAGUACAUUCAGAUCGUUCCGCUCGGUUACACGCACGUCGAAUUUCCUGCCACCGGUAACAAAUACACGUGGCGCAAGGUAACGACAACAGUGCAUAACAUCAUCGUAGGGAAGCUCUGGGUGGACAACCACGGUGAUAUGGAAAUUUUCGGCGAGCGCAACGCGAAGGGUGUAAAGUGUCACUUAAAGUAUCUUCCAUACUCAUAUUUCACGCGCGACACCCAACGGCGAGUGAAGGGUGUCGUAAUGGACAACUCCAACCAAGUGAAAUGGGUAAUAAAUGGAACAUGGGAUAGCAAGAUCGAAAUAGCGCCCGUCACAUCGACGAGUGGUUCAACGGAAAAUCCAGUGUACAAAACGGGCAAUUACAAGACAGCCUGGACGCGGCGUUUGCCACCUACAGACAGUGAUAAGUACUACAAUUUCACUCUGCUUGCCUGCCAACUGAACGAGCUGGAGUCGAGUUUGGCGCCAACUGAUUCACGUUUACGGCCCGAUCAACGGUUAAUGGAAGAUGGCAAAUGGAACGAGAGUAACCAAGAAAAGCUCCGAUUAGAAGAAGGUCAACGGGCUCGUCGUCGACAGCGGGAAGCAGAAGCGGAAACAGCUGCCGCCGAAGGACGUCCCUAUCCACCGUACGAACCGAUAUGGUUUGGUAAGGAGAAAGAAGAGGGCACCGAAAACCUGGUGCACGUGUACAAGGGAACCUACUGGGACUCUAAAGCGAAACAGGACUGGUCCAAAUGUCCAACCAUUUUCUAGGCGGCUCGAUUAUGAAACAUGUGUUAAAACGUUAACGUUUUUUAGCCCACACGGCUGUGGCACCGAGCUUUGCUUCUCUAGUAGGGUUCGCUGGUAGGAACAGGUGUAUUCCUCUAGUUUCCUAUUCUAUUAGCAUAUGUGCGUUUCCUAAUGACCUAAAGUCGAUUUAAGAUAGUAAAAAAAAGAAGAAUUUUGUGGCAAACCAACUAUAAGGUAGGAAGUUAAAUCAACAAAUACAGGAUUGCAAACACUUUCGAAUAAUUAUUCGCGUUCCAGUAUUCGUACGUUUCACCGUCCGAGGUAACGUGUACAUAGAAGCCCCAUCCUUUACUAUUGUAUCAGCUACAUUGCGCUUAACGUGAGCAUUUUGUAUACCGUAACUAUGGAACAGACUAGAAAAUUGCAAAUCAAGGUAAAGGCGAUGCCGCGCAGUGUAUUGCAGGAUUCAACGUUAUAGCAAAAGUUAUUAUGGGAGUGCAACGUCAGCUCUGUAACUAUAAAGAUUCUCAUAAGCAACCAAACAAAUAGUCCUGUACAGAACGACGAAUCAGUAAUAUUGAGUUAAUAAUAUUAGUCUAAAUAUAAGCAGCUACUGCUGUUUCAUCAGGACAGAUGGACACUAAGAAAGUUGUUAUGUUUCCUAUGUUUGUGUUAAUGUUGUUUUUUUUUUAAUUUUACCCUUAAUUUAC